AUGAGUGCAGAGUGCUCCAGUUACACCACGGUUGAGAAGGUGCUGGUUGGGGCUUUUAGCUGUCCAAGGGGAGACAGUGACCUUGGAGCCAUAUAUUGCUGCGGCUUUAAGGACUUCAAAUACUGCUGCGAUGACCCGAACAGUUUCUUCCCCUAUGAGCACAGUUACAUGUGGUGGCUGAGCGUGGGGGCACUGGUGGGCUUAUCCAUAGCAGCGGUGGUCCUGCUGGCAUUUAUCAUCACCGUUUGUGUUCUCUGCUACCUGUUCAUCAGUAACAAGCCGCACAACAAGCUGGACACUGGGCUGAGCCUACAGACAGCAGGCACUGAACAAAACUCUCUGGAGGGCCCCAGCCGGUCCGGCCAAUCAACAGUGCCCAGUGGCUUUAAGCGGCAUUUUCUGAGCCAUAAAUUGGACUGCGAUAAUCAGCCCCAAGACCCGGACAGAUUGUUUCAGAGAUGUUUCCUUGCCACUGUGACAACCAUCAACGUCCAAGGACCUUCUUGAGCUCAGCCGUCAUCGCAACAAGUCGUUGUGCGAGGAUUCUGUGUUUUCAAACAGCUGCUUGGCUUUGAUCUCUUGUGCCCACCGCCUUACAACCCACAUGCCAUGCGUUCUAUCAGUAAACCUUACUAUUGCCUCUUUUACAUUGUUAGUCUUUGAGUGGCAUUUGUACUAAUCUUCUUUUUCCAGAAAAACAGUCUCAUGGCUUGGAAACGAAAAGCUCUUGGAGGCUUUGAUGGCAUUAGAAUUGGAAGAACAGCUUGCCGUAUGAAUGGGACGGAUCUACUAGAACAGGAAUCUUAACAUUUAUUCCUGUCCCACUUGGAUA